CUUAUUAACUUCGGGAUCCUAAUUCGUGUACGGUAUUUCCGUUUGAUCAGUGGCAUAUUCUUUUGUAGUAUUCAAGUGCAGUCUUUCCAGUCGCUGGCGUAACAGUUAUCGACGCAGUAACCCGACCAUGGCGAUGAAUCCGACUGCAUCGGCGACGGACCUUCGUGAUGGGCCCAAUUCUGAGGGGACGAUAGCGGAUAGCAUGCAGGAGAUGCUGUGCAGCGGCGACCUGAGUGAUGUACAUUUCGCAGUGGGACGUCAGUUCGGGGAAGUGAAAGACUUCCACGCGCACAAGUGCAUCUUGGCUGUCCGUAAUCCGGUGUUCCGUGCGAUGUUCUUUGGUAGUUUGCGUGAAAACGGUGACGCAGCCAUCGACAUCCCCGAUAUGCUGCCAGACGCCUUCGCCAAUAUGCUCCAUUUUCUAUACGCCGAUGAUGUUAGGAAUCUGACUGCGGAUAACCUCAUCCCGACGCUGGUUUGUGCUGACAAGUACGACGUACCGCGGCUGAUCAGGAUCUGCUCCAACUUCAUCGCCAAUUACCUUAGUGUGAACAACUGUCUGACCAUGAUGGAACAGGCCGUUUACUGGAAGGCUGACGGUGUCGUGCAGAAUUGUUUGGAUUUCGUGGACGCGAAGACUGAAGCAGUACUGCGAUCGAAUGAGUUCACGGCCAUCAGCCUGACGACGCUGCGAAUGAUUCUGCAGCGCAACACACUCACGGCGGAGGAGAAUGCUGUGUAUUUGGCGGUUGAACGAUGGGCAGUGGCGGCCUGCACUGGUAAUUUCUUGGAUUCGUCUGCCGUCAAUCGGCGUCAGAUGCUGGAUGACACGUUAUUCCUGGUGCGGUUCCCACUGCUGACUCCGUCGCAGCUAGCAGACGGUCCUGGCCAGAGUGGGCUUUUGAAUGAAGCGGAAAUCACCAGCCUCUUCAUGCACUAUCAUGCCAACGCUAAGCCAACGGCACUUGGCUUUCGCACCGAACGCCGUAUUGGAUUGCCGAAAGUUGUUGCGCCCGCGUUUCAGCCUGGUGAGCCUGUCUUUGCGUGAACUGCGGACGAAGAUUGGUGGUUGCCAGCCACGGUUAUCGGAUCGGAUGGGAUGCUGCUGGAAUUAGACUGGAGUCGCAACGGCGGAAGGGUUACCACAACGACGACAAGGUGGUGCGUGCAGCGGACAUCCUGCAACCGGGCCAGCCUUUGGAAAUUCGCCUUGCAGGCUCCUAUAAGCCGGCUAGCCAUGUAGAGCACGAUAUGGAUCCUGUCCCGAUGUUCGCAAACAAUGAACACUGGGUCACUGUGGGUAGCCUUCCGUAUUUCGCGCCGCUCAGCCUCUUGCGUCUGCUGCACCAUCAGGUGGAGCAGUGGAAAGCUGACAAUAAACAAUGAGGAUGGUACUGUAUCUACAGUGCUGCGUGGACUUACUACUGACUUCCACAGGUUUUAUUAGGUUAUAUUUGAUCUUUGUACGGGAUUUCUGCAUCACACUAGAGAUCACUACCAUUUACUGUCUUGCAUUAUUAUUUUCGCCACCAUUCUGUUUUUUUUGCGAUGGA